GAAGCUGCAACGCUUGAUGUAGUUGCGCUGCUCGAUGUGUGGGUGAGGGCAAGGCUGUUAUCCCGAAGACGCGGAACCCCGCGUUCACGCUUGUCAAGUUCCGAGGUCCAUUCGCAGAGCCUCAACUUCGAGCAUCAACUUCGACAUGUAGCAUGUAACAUCCCGUUUCCACAUCUCAGACAAGAUGGUGGUCCGACCAUAUUUCACGCCCGAAAAGACCGUUCUUCCUUUCGAUAAGGUCCUUGAACUCGAGACGAUUGACGCGUUGACGUUCCGGUCGAUCACGAAAGCGUACUCGCCUACUGGAGGAGAAAACGGCACGUACGGCGGCCAUGUGUUCGCGCAAGCAGCAUGGGCAGCUGCACAGACAGUCGCUGAAGGGCUGCUGAUCCACAACAUCACGGGCUGGUUCAUCCUAGGCGGCAAGCCAAAUGAACACUACAUCUACAAAGUCGACAAAAUAAGAGACGGCUACAAUUACUGCACACGCUCCGUAACCGUCGUCCAAAACGCUGGCCAGACAAUGUUCACGUGCACAUGUUCCUUCAAGCGCUCCGAAGCCUCACCAGUCUCCAUUCAAUCACCCCUCUCCCUCCAGCAAACCUACCACGCCGCGCUGGCCGGAAAAUAUCACGAGCCCAUGCUGCACCCCGCAGCUCCAAGCAACGACUCAGAGGUCUUCCGCAACACCUAUCUCCCCGCGCACCCUGAUCACUUCAACCCCAUCGCAGGCCUACAUUUGCGCAAGGCUGACAUGCAGCCGUACAACGCGCCACGCACCCCUCUGGACCGGCGCCAACUCACAUUUUACACGCUGCGCGGCAGUCUGCCUCUCGCGACCGCGCCGUCUCCACCGAAACCAGGUGAAGUGAAUGUAACGUGCGCCGCGAAUCUGCAUGCGUGCGCACACCUGUAUGCCUCGGAUCGCAACUCGCUGUUCAUUGUGCCAAACCACCUUGACCGCGGGAGAGAUUUUACGCGUAUGGCGUCGCUGUCGCAUAGUGUUAUCUUCCAUGUUGGUGUCGAGGAUCUAGUGAUGCCGCCGGAGCCGCGGAUCGACCAUCCUGAUGCCGAUCGCACGCUGUGGGGAGACGAGAAGUUGGCGCUGUGCGCGCUGGAUGGGUAUGAAGAGAAAGACAGAGAUGCAGAUGGGCGGAAGUGGUUCGUGCAGGAAGCAUGGAUGACGCGGGCCGCAGGUGGGCGGGGACUGCACACGAGCCGGCUGUGGGAUUAUGAGAAGGGGGUACACAUUGCCACGACGUUUCAAGAUGGGUUGAUUCGGUUUGGGGGCCAGAAGCCAAAGGUGAACGCAAAGCUCUGAAUAUCUAAACGAGAGCUAUCUAUGCUCGAAAUGAGACAAUCCACAAUCCUGGA